UUCUAUCUCUCAGAGUUCAGUUCUAAGUCACACUAUUACUCAAGCCAGCCUCCAGCCGCGAACACGCGCGCUCAUUAAGCUCGGUACUAGUGUUUGCGCCGCGCGCGCAGUUUAGUGCAAGUACUCGUCGCAGCUGGUCAGUUAAUGCAUCUCGCCGUUGCGCUGAAGAGUCGUUGAAGGAUGAGUGUCGUUGAGGAAAUUGUGCGCGCGUUCGACCGAUCGCUGAUCAUUAGCUGCUGGAAGUUUGUCUUUCCGGUGCUGGUGUGCUUUUAUUUGUUCAUAUUUAUCUACGACAAGCGGCGGUAUGGUGGGAAAAGGAAGAGCGCGGACGCUGCACCGCAGGAGGUCGAGGAGAAACUGGACGGCAUUGAAUACGUUGGAGAGGUCGACUCGGACGAUUUUGACCCAACGCCGGUGUUGGAGGAGAAGGAUCACGUGCCGUUUGCCGGUGCAAAGGUUACUUUGGACAGUGAUCCACUGAAGGCCGCCGCCAAGUUCUACGCGAUCGUGAACGAUCGCCGCUCGGUGCGCAAGUACAGCAGCAAACCCGUUGACCUUGCGAUCGUCGAGAAGUGUAUUCACGCGGCCGGAACGAGUCCCAGCGGAGCGCACACGGAACCGUGGACGUUCUGUGUCAUUUCCGAUAAGGACAUUAAAGAGCAAAUCAGGGAGAUAAUUGAAAAUGAAGAGUUUAUCAACUACCAGCAGCGAAUGUCCAAGCAGUGGACCACGGAUUUGCGGCCACUGCGAACGAAUCACGUCAAGGAAUAUCUGACCGAGGCGCCCCAUUUGGUGCUGAUCUUCAAGCAAACUUACGGGAUCAAGGCGGACGGAACGGGAAAGAAGCAGCAUUAUUACAACGAGAUUUCGACAUCGAUUGCGACGGGAAUUUUGCUGUGCGCUCUGCAAGCGGCUGGCCUGAACUCACUCGUAACGACUCCGCUGAACUGUGGACCAGCGCUGCGCAAUCUGUUAGGUCGACCGGUCAACGAAAAGCUGCUGGUUCUGCUUCCCGUUGGUUAUGCCGCGGACGAUUGUAAAGUGCCCGAUUUGAAGCGCAAACCGGUGGAGGAAAUUAUGGUGAAAUAUUGAUUA